CGAAGCAAUUAAAUAGUUUUUGUGAGAGAUUUUGUUUUGAAUUAAUAUGAAUAUAUAUAUAACGAAAGACAUAAUUUUAAUAGAGUCAUUCCCACGAGCAAUAAACGGUCCAUUAACUCCAUUACUUUCGUGACAAACGUUGAAAAUAUGCGUCUAGUGGAAGUGUGCGUGAAUUACACAUGCGGCAAUUUACAUUAACAAUAAUACUAGUCUAGGAACGUAUUUGCUUAGCGCCUGGUCUAGUUGUAGUACAAUUAGCCCAACCUACAUAAAAACUGAGCCGGACCAUCCGAAUUGUUCAUCCCGUCGUCCAGAGCUAUAUUCAUUGGAACAAUCGACUGUCGUUUGAACAAUGAUAUUGAUAAAGUAAAGAUAAGAGACUUCCUUCUGAUAAAUAUAAAUGUCAUGUGUGUUUAUGUCGGGCAGUGACGUACAUAAUUUUUGUUGGUGAAGUGGUGCUCGUUGGGCUUUGGAUGAUGUGCAUGUCGAUGCUGAGUUGAACUCAGGGGGUUGGUUUUGGUGUGAUUUGGUGUUGUAACUGGAGUGGACCACUUUCGUCACGUUGAUACGCCCCAUCUUUGAAACGUCACUGUGAUAAAAGUGCUGUGGAGUGUAUUGUUCAACAAUAUAAUAGGUGGGUUACUGUUUGAAAUGGCACAAAAUUUGAAAAUCACUGUGGUGGGUGACGGUAUUGUUGGCAAAACCUGCAUGUUGGUGGUGUACACAACCGGAAAGUUCCCUGAAGAAUAUGUCCCAACAAUAUUCGAACAUACUGGAAAGGAUAUUUUGGUCGAUAAUGUAGCUCAUCACGCCACUUUAUGGGACACAGCAGGACAGGAGGAUUAUGAAAGGUUGCGACCUUUAUCUUACCCCAACACACAUUGUUUCCUGAUUUGUUAUUCAGUUGAUAAGUCACAAGCAUCAUAUGAUAAUGUUGCUUUGAAAUGGGCUCCGGAAGUGAGGCAUUAUUUACCAACCUGUCCCAUAAUUUUAGUAGCUACUAAAAUAGAUUUGAGGGACGACCCGGCGAAAAGCUGUUACUCAACAGAGGACGGCAAAAAGUUGAAGAAAAAAAUUAAGGCGUCGAGAUACAUGGAAUGUUCAGCCAAAAAUUCAGAAGGUCUAGUUGAAAUUUUUGAAGAAGCAGUACGGAUAUCUCUGACCCAUUUAAACCCUACAAACAAAAACAAAAUACGUAACUGUCUGAUACUCUCAAUUUCAUCAUUAAAUAAAUACAGUAAAAGAAUGGAUGAAGACGCAUUUUUAAACAGUUCCAUUGAAUUAUAUUUAGCCAGACAAAAUCAACAACUAAUGAAAGAUGGUAAAAAUAUUACUAACUACAAAACCAGCGAAACAUUAGAUUAUAAAGAAGUCUCUGGUGAAGAAGAAUCAUUUCUAGAAAAAUCAGUCCAACAAUAUUUAACCAGACAAAAUAAUCAGUUAUUGGAAAAAUAUAGAAACACCGUGCACUCAGAAAUAUCGCAAAUAAUAAACAAAGAGGAGUGUUCGAACGAGUUAGAAAGUGACAUGUUUGAAAAAAUUAUGGAUGGUGACGUCAAUGACAAGGAAAAUGACGAGGUCUUGGUAAAUGAAGUUAAAGAGUCAGCUUCUGAUGAUCAAAAGUCUUCCGGAAAUGAAAUGAACCAUGAAACUAACAUGAAUAACAAUUUGAGUACAAGAGACGUGGACAACAGCACUGAAACACAAAGUUCUGAACAUGAAAACAAUUUUGUGGACACAGUUAUGGAUGAAUCGGAGAUUAAUUGUCCGGAAGAUGUCAAUCACAUUGACUUUUCUGUAGACACAAAAACUGAUUACCAAAUUGAAGAUGAAAAUAUAAUAAGUGAUGAAGCUGAAAGCAACUCCAGUGAAUCAAAUGAAUUCAGUGAUGAAGAUUUAUCUACUGACUACGAGGAAUAUGAUGACAUAUACGAAAAUGUUCCUUUACCUAAUGAUAUAACACUUAAAGGUGAUGGUACUGUUGGAAAAACGUGCAUGUUAGUUGUGUAUACAACUGGAAUCUUUCCUGAAGAAUAUAUUCCCACUCUAUUUCAUAAUACUAUUCAGAAUAUAACUGUUGGUGACAAAACAUAUGAAGCUACACUAUGGAACACAGCAGGACAGGAAGAGUAUGAGAGACUUCGAGCUUUAUCUUAUACCAAAACAAGUUGUUUAUUGGUCUGUUAUUCAGUUGAUAAAUCUUUACCAUCAUAUAAUAAUAUUCGAAGUAAAUGGGCUGCAGAGCUGAGACACUAUCUACCAAAUUGUCCCCUAAUUCUAGUUGGUACUAAAAUAGAUUUAAGAAACGACCCAACGAAGAACUGCUACACGGAGGAAGAUGGCAAUAAUCUGAAGAAAACCAUCAAGGCAGCAAAAUAUAUGGAAUGUUCUGCCAAAGAUUCCUUAGGUCUAAAUGAAAUUUUUCAAGAAGCAGUACGAAAAUCACUAUCUGUCGAAGGGCUUGGCAAAAAACGUGAAUGCUCAAUCCUCUAAAAGUACCUCCAAGAUAUUUUAUUUAAUAUUUAUGAAG